AUGCCUGGCUUGGGCGCGAUGGGAGAGACUAAUUUGAUUUCUCCCCAAAUUCAAUCAGGAUGGUCUGCUCCAUCCUCUCGUACACAUACUCCUGCUCCUGCGGCUGUGCCGCCUCAUGUUUAUUCUCCCAUGUCUUUUGAUCAAAUGUCAGAUCGCAAACUCCUUGAUAUGGUAGCCCAGAAUAUGAUCAUUUUAAAAAAAGAAUUUUCCCAAUUACAAGGGGCUUACGAAGCCCAAAGUGAUCAAUUAGCAUUGUUAAGAGCGGAACUGGAGGAACAUUGCGACCAGUCACGUAAUCAACAUGUGUUUUAUUCAAAUCAAAUUCAAGGAGCCGCGGCCUCCAUUCAGGUUGUGCAAGAUCAAUUGCUCCAUAUGUCUACUGCUUGUCCUACAGCCCCACCUCCACCUCCUCCACCUGCUGGUACAAGCACAGCCACCACUACCCACAUUCCCCCACCUGCUUCUGCGUCUUUGGAUCUGAAGUUUGCCAAGCCCAAUAAGUUCAAUGGCAAAAAAGAAGACGCCCUCAAUUUCAUCAUUGCCUGUCAAGCUUAUAUAAGGGCAAAGGGGGCCAACCAAUCCCACGAAGAAAAAAUCUUGUGGGUUACAUCAUAUUUUGAAGGAGCAGCUGAGGACUGGGUUCGUCCAUAUAAAGAAAGAAAAGUGUUCAGGGGAGAAGCAGUCCCUCUGUUGGAGGAUAUCAAUACUUUCUGGGCUGAGUUCACUAAACAUUAUGUGGACACUAACCGCGAUGAAAAAUAUUGCCAAAAAUGGAACAACUUGCGGCAGAAGGCUUCAGUCCAGGAGUACACUCGAGAAUUUCAACAGUACUCCGUAUCCUUGGGUUAUAGCGACGAGACACUGCGCGAUAAGUACUAUGAUGGACUCAAAAAUGACAUCAAAGACAUCAUGCUAUCUACUAUGUUCCAAUGGCGUUGCGCCACGGCUCAACAGGUCUAUGACAAGGCAGAGGAAAUUGCAAAUCACAUUGAAUCCACGCGUCUAUCCAACCCCUCUGUCUCCACUGUUUGUGCCACUCCCACUGCUGUUCCCACUUCCACCUCCGACCCCACUUCCACUCGCACUUGCCUUAACGUUGGGGACAAUGUCUACAUGAUUGAUCCUACUACUUGCCGCGCCAAGAAAGGCGCCAUUACCUCAAUUGUACGUACAACCUCCGGCAAUAUGCCCAAUGUUAGGUGGAAUGGGGAGACCAAGGAUACCAUGAUACCAUUCCCCUCUCUUAAAAAAGACAAACGCCCUGCUGCGGCUGCGCCUGUUAAACCAAUCAUUGCCCCUAUUCCUAUUCCUGCCGCAAACACAAAGGGUCCAGGUCCCAUGGAUCUUGAUGGAAGGGGUUUUGCAAACCUCACCUGCCAUAUAUGUGGUGGCAAAGGACAUUUUGCGCGCAGCUGCCCCUCUAAGCCCAUGUCUGGACAUGUGGCUAACGUUGAAUGGUCUUGGGAAAGGCCCAAAGAAGAAAGUCGAAUUGAAGUAGUUUCUGAUGAGGAGGAGUCGGGAAAAGGAAAAGCCAAGGCCGACUAA